AUGCUAUCAGACAGAGGAGUACACUCAGGCUCCACCAUCCAGGCCAUACAGGGGACUUCUUUUCCAGGACUCUCGUCCCAGCCCGCCUCACUGGUCAGCGCACCCUUCCCUGUGGAAGACGAGCAGCACAAUCAACCAAUCAGCCAGCAGGGCCUGCACUACCUCCACUCUGCCUACAGAGUCGGCAUGCUGGCCUUGGAGAUGUUGGGAAGGAGGGCCCACAACGAUCAUCCAAACAACUUUUCCCGUAGCCCCCCGUACACUGAAGACGUCAAAUGGCUGUUGGGCCUGGCUGCGCGUCUUGCGGACAAGAGAGGAGAGAACCUAAAGAGGGGCAAACAGACUAAAGAACUAUGGCAGCGGAUCUCGUUGGAGAUGGCCACUUUCUCACCCUGACUACUCUAGAGACCAGCGGGGACAGAGACGCCCAAUCUUCCCCACAGACCACUAUCACAGCUCAAUCCGACACGCAGCACUCUCCGUUCCCCUUGAUAAGAAGUGUAGCCAUGACGACUUCCUGUACAAGCCCACUCACAUGACCGAACAUUUAGUCCUUCAGGCCCUGAAGUCAUGAGAAAGUGGUACAGAGAUACUGGGGCAUGUGAAUUACUGUGUCCCUCCUUCGUCGAGUUGUUGAUCCCAGUGUUGUGUCUGAUCUUAUUUUUGUUCUCUUUUUUUUGGUGUGUUCAGUCGAGUAAUUUAAUGGCUAUAUCUAUGUUUUAUCUACGAGUCCUAACAUCUUUCAUUCACUGAUUUCUAUGCUUUGUGAUCCCCUGAGUUCAUUUAGAUGGUUAAUACGGGGACAAAGGUUUUCACUUGCUAUGUUGAUGUUUGGUUCACGUUUAAACAAAACCACUAAAUGUCAGACUUAUUCUGCAACAUUCCUCUACCCUGGAGAACAGAGCCUCCAUCGGUCAUAAAGGAUUUCAACGUUGGAUAGUGGAUGGCAUUGUAAACAUGAGGAGAAUAAAAACACAACUUUAAAAGAAUAAAAGAGACAUUUAUUAUGAAACGAUAAUCAAAGUACGGGUGAGGAUUCUUCAAUGUU